AUGGAUACUCGACAGUAUAACACGGCCGAAGACCGUGGUCUUCUGGGUCGGAACCCAUUAUUUCUCCACCAUGUUCGAUCCAGCCGGUCUGUUUCAUCUAGUGGGACUUAUCACGAAGACAGAGAUAAUUCGAGUGUUAGUAGUCUGGGGCCAAACGAGGGCCAGCCAUUAGACCAGCCCUUGGAGGUUAACGGGGGUUUCUCUGACGUCGACAUCGAUCCACAAGCAUCAAAACCCGAAACCGCGAGAUGGGCUCCGUAUACGUUCAGCCCCUAUUUUUUAGGUACAUUGAGUAUUGUUGCACUUGGUCUUUGUCUGACUACAUUUCUGCUUUGGUGGAGAUCCUCGACGAACAAUGGCUUAGGGCCUGAUGAUGGGUCCUCUGCUGUCCUAUUCGGAUGGCGAUACAGCCCUACCCUGAUCACCGUGAUCUAUAUCCAAUUGACGUCGAUGUUAUUCAAUGAUGUGAAGCGAACCGAACCAUUUGCUCGAUUGGCAAGACCUGAAGGCGCAACCGCUUCUACAAGCAUCCUUCAUACGCCCGGCCCCUGGUGGGUAGCUUUGUACGAUGGAUUCGCCAAGAAGAAGAACGGAUCCCGCAGCUGGAUCUUGAUCUGUGCUUCUUUUGUCAAUAUAAUAGGCUUUCUGGCCAUUUCUCCACUGUCGUCCGCCUACCUUUACUCCGAAAAAGUCCACAUCCUGAAACCCACGGAUUUCUUCCAAUUAUCCCCGUCCGCCCAAUCGCCUCUCCCUCUCGACCAAGACCGCACCACCAAUUUCCGAGCUAUCGCCAAUCUGUUGCAAAAUGUCUCGACUUCGCCUUGGAUUACAGACGAUUAUACUAUCCUCCCAUUUUGGCCUGCCAGCUCGCCCAAGCCAAUAAACACACUGCCAACAUCCCCUUCCGAGACAUGGAAGGGACAGACAACCAUGUUCAAGAGCGAGCUCAGCUGUACGAAGAUGAAAUUGGAGGCGGAAGCCAAUAGCUCGUAUUCUUUCCAGGAACACACCUCUGCUGAGCCGGCUGUUUCCAUGAUGUGGUCAGCACCCAACGGGUGCAAGUACGGAAUGGAAGUUAGCUACCCCCUAUUUGAAAACGGUGGCGGGAGCUGGUCCAAUGCUUCAUCAUUUCUCUACGCGGAAGACUUAACUGUACUCACUGGUCAAGUCUCUUCUCGCGUCAAUAGUACAGCCGCUUGUGACGGCCAUGAACUUCUCAUGGUCACAGAUCCUUGGACUACAGUUGAGGGCACGUUUACGGCUCAACUGUGCGAGACCAAAUACUACAUGGCGAAUAUUACUGCUUCCGUUGCCCUCGCGGGGACGAGCCGGAGAUAA